ACAUAGAUAUACCUUAUCCUACUGUAAGUACAAAGUUUCAGAGCAAUCUAGCUAGUCAUUUUAAAAUGAGAGCGGAACUACAUUUGUAUGGAGAACCGAGCUUGCCGGAGACCCUUAAAAAGUUUCAGGAUGUCAAGGAUAUGGGAUGUAAAAGCAUGUCGGAGCUGCCUGACGGUGAAAGGCAAGCUGGAGAAGAUUGGCGAUGCCUCAAAAAGGCAAUACACAGCCAUCACAGGUCUCCAGAUUGCAGAAGGUGAUGGUUACCCAGUUUACUUCUGUGUAGAAUGCCGGCACCACAUCAGGAAAAGUUUGGCCUUUAGGAGGAAGAGCCGCCGUGCGCACUUUGUCCUUAAAGAGAUCCUGAAUGUUAGGAAACAGGUAUCCUACAGUGACAUAGUCACAGUUAACCGAAAGAAAACCAACUUGGAAUCAUCUCUGAAUUUCUGGGAACCACACCACAACCCUUGUUACCUAAUAGCCAAUGAGGAAGGCCAAGAAGAUGACUCCUUACAGAAAUAUAACUUGGAUCCUGCUCAAUAUACAAGAUGUCACAGUAAACAUAUUAUUGACAUCAAACCUGAAAUAGACACUGAAAUACCAGAAGAAACUAAUGAACCAGAAGAUGAUGCAACCAAUAACGAUGUUGAAGAUAUUCCAACCAACGAUUACCUAGAGCCAGACCUCGACACAGCUAACAUUGACAUGACUGACAUUUUCAAAGAUCUUAAAACGGAACCAGAUGCUCAGAGUGAUGACAAUGACAACUUCGAAGAACCACCAAUACCGGAACCGAAAAAAGAAGUUGACAAAUUAAAGCUGGCCAAAGCUUUUGCAGUUGGCACUCUUGCGAAAACGAUGCUGAUAUUUGAUUUGAAAGUUUUGAAUUUAGAGGAGCAGAAACAGAGGAUGGAAUUAAGGAAAAGCCUUCAUCCAUUUUGCCGAGCAUUGUAUAAGUGUGCUAUGUGUUUGACCAUCCAUAAGACCAUGAACGAACUUGUGAAGCAUGUGGAGUACCAUAACAAAAGGAAAUUCGAGCAUGAAUGUAAAGUGUGCAAAAAUAAGUUUCCCACAGUGGAGGAGCUGAACAUACACGUGGCCAACUGUCAUAUGUAUGAAUACACUUGUAAGAUAUGUCGCGCCAAGAUUUAUACUCAAAAAGACGCAGUUAUCCACCAUAAAUCCAGGCACGCUAUAGAAACCCAAAAGUUGCUAAAAUCGAUGGAACGUAAGAAGGCUCUGCGGCAAACUCUGGCUAACUUCACCAUCACGGCGCUGUCGCAGCAGAUGAUGAGCGACGUCAUGCUGCUGCGCUCCCGGCCCGAGCGCGACCGGGGCGGGCUGGAGCCAGGAGAAGCGAAGCCGGGUGAGAAGUUUGACUUCUCUUGCGACAUUUGCAGCGCUGGUUUCAAGUUUCGUAAAAGUCUGUAUAAACACAUGGUGCUGAAACAUAGGUACAUGUACACUUGCAAGUUGUGCAAGGAGGUGUUCACGGCACGAGCACAAGCAAUCGAACAUAACGACGUAGUGCACGCGAGGAAACAUCCUUGCGAGGAAUGUGGGAAGACAUUUAAGAACACAACAAAGUUACAAGAACACAUCAAGGCCAAGCACGUUAAAUAUAUCCCUUGCAACAUGUGCGGAUACGCAGCUAGGUCAGAAAAGAUCUACUACGUGCACCAGCUCCGAGAACACGAAUAUAUCAGUAUAAACGACCCACUAGUUGGCGACCCUAACCACAAAUGCAGCGAAUGCAACGUGCAGUUCAUAGACCAACGCAGUCUAGAGCGUCACCUCGUCAAUAUGAACCACGCAGGCGCUGACAUGGUCCAGUUCGCGUGCAUACCCUGCAAGAAGCUGUACGAAACUGAGGAAGAAUUAGAGACGCAUUUCAUCAUAUGCAGAGACGCAAGGAAAUACCCGCGCAAGUGCUGCUACUGUACGGAAAUGCUCCACAACGUGAUUCACUACAAGACUCACUACAUGCACGCGCAUCCCACGCUGCAGUAUCGCUACCUCACUCAGAACAGCAUCUGCGACAUUUGCGGGAAAUCGAUUUUCAAGCCACUCUUGGAAGCGCACCUGCGCACGCACUCGGGCGCCGGGCUGCAGUGCCGGCUGUGCGCAGCGACGCACUCGACGCCGGCGCAGCACGUCGCGCACGUGCUCGCGCAGCACGCGCGCCGCCCCUUCCGCUGCGCGCUCUGCACGCGCAGAUUCAAGUAUCGCAGCGACUGCAAGGACCACAUACUCAAGGUACACGCACCGACGAAACUAUUCAAAUGCGAAUUCUGCGGCGUCGAGUUCUCCUAUUGGAAAAACUUGAAAGAACACUCCGAAACCGUAUACAAUUUGGUCAUCCCCCCCAUCAAGACAAAAGUCGCCAAAUCCAAGGACAAGAUGUUCGUUUACGCCCACAUGAAGAUCAUAAUCAACGAGUUAGAAAGGGACAUUGUAGAAAAAGUUAAAAUCGAACUAAUGGACUAUUUGGAGCAAAAAUCUAAACUUGUAGAAUACGAAAAUUAUUUCAUCUUCAGUCCUGAUGCCGAAGAAUCAAUAUGCAAGAAGAAGAAACGGGAUAGAAGGAAAAAGAAGCCGACUGAAUUGGAAUCAGCGGUCGCUCAGAUUAGUUAUCCCCAAAGUAGAAUCAAUAUUGAGAAAAUUGAAGUUAUAAAACAAGGAGAAGUAGAGAAGAUUGAAGUUGAUCUACCAAAUGUAGAAGAUAAAAAUGUAAGAGUAUCAAGUGUUAAAGAGGAAGAAGAUACAGUGGAGAUGGAGGUGGAUAUGGAUACGUUGGAGGUCGAUGGUUCGGCGCCUUUGGAGGUUAUUGAGAAUGAUGGGCAUCAGUUUGUGAUGAUAAAUGGGGAGAUGUAUCGGAUAGCGUGCGAGGAUGAAGAGUGAA